GGAAGAGGAGGAGGAGGAUGGAAGCAAGGUGCAGUAAAUGGAAAGAAUAAGGGAAGAGGUUGGAAACAAAAUGCAGCAAGAGGAAGCAGCAACGGUUGGAAACAGACAGCUGCAAACGGAGGUGGGAGAAGUUGGAAACAAGAUGGAAGAAGUAAAAAUGAAGACAGUUGGAAACAAGGGAGAGGCAGCGAUUCUCGGGACAGCUGGAAACAAGCAGGAGCUAGCGAUGCGCAGGCCGAUUGGAAGCAACAAGGAGGAGAUAAGAGCGAAGGAAGUUGGAAACAAGGAAGCGGAAGCAGGAACGAAAAUAGUUGGAAACAAGGAGGCAGAAGUCGAAAUGAAGGAAGAUGGAAAACUGGAUCUAGUAACGGAAGAAAGCAGAAGAAAGGUAACGGAAGAGUAACCGUUUGGCAUUCGAGCGGAGACGAAAGCGGAAGAAGAGUUAAAUCAGGCACUUCAAACGACAGCAGUUGGAAACGAGGAGGAGGAGGAGCAGCAGCAACGACUAGUUGGCAAUCAAAUGGGGCACAAGCAUCUGGACGGAGCGAUUCCUCUAGAGGAGCUACAAAUUCUCAUAAAGGCAAAGACGUUGGGAAGUCUUGGAACGAUAUCGGAAACGAAGCAGCUGGCAGCGAUCAAGAGGACGAUUCUUCCGAAGGAUGGGGAAGCGCUAUACCAGGAGAAGCGGGACAAGAUUAUCCUAAUUUCGAUACCAUACCAAAAACGGACUUCGAUUGCCAACAGCACCAAUAUCCGGGUUAUUACGGAGACGUAGAAGCACGAUGUCAAGUGUUUCAUAUUUGUCAAGCCGACGGACGCUUAGAUUCUUUCCUCUGCCCAGUCGGAACGAUUUUCAAUCAGAAAUAUUUCGUCUGCGAUUGGUGGAACAAGUUUAAAUGCGAAGAUACCCCAAAUUACUACCAACUGAACGCAAAUCUGUACGAAGACGAUCAAGGUUCAGCAAGCGAAGGAAGCAGAUCGGACGACAGUUGGACUAAAGAUGGAGGACGAGGCGGAAGUUGGAAAUCCAAUAAAGAUAACAGAAAAGAUGGAGGAGGAGGAGGAGGAGGAGGAAACGGAUCUUGGAAAAACGAAGGAGGUACGUCAACUUCCAGUUGGUUAGAAGUCACUAACGAAAGUAGGAUAAAUCACGGCAGAUCGAAAGGAAGCAAAAGUUGGAAAUCGAAGGAUCAGAAAGGAAGUGCCAGCGGGGCAGUCAGCACAACGUUCUUCCAACAACAUUUCACAACGGGAAGCGAUUCUGGAAAGGAUGAUAAAUUCUGGGGGAAAUCAAGUAAGAAAAGAUAG